UCUCCACGGACCCUAAAAACCGCGGCACGCCGGAAGUUGGUUCCAUGCUUCGCCUCGUCUGGUGUCCGAGGCGCCACAACAACGGAGUUUUCUGCGAAAUCGUUACUUAAAUCGUUCUUACGACGCGCUAGACAAUAACAAUGUCUGACAACGAAGACAAUUUCGAUGACGGAGAUUUCGAUGAUGUCGAGGAUGAAGAGCCUCUGGAUGACCUGGAGAACGUGGAAGAUGAGGACCAGGAGAACGUCCAGAUCCUGCCGGCGGGUGAAGGACAGCAGGCCAAUCAGAAGAGAAUCACUACUCCUUACAUGACUAAGUACGAGCGUGCGCGGGUGCUGGGAACACGAGCGCUGCAGAUCGCGAUGUGUGCGCCGGUGAUGGUGGAGCUGGAAGGAGAGACGGAUCCGCUGCAGAUCGCCAUGAAAGAGCUCAAGAGCAGGAAGAUCCCCAUCAUCAUCCGCCGGUAUCUGCCUGAUGGGAGUUAUGAGGACUGGGGCUGUGACGAGCUCAUAAUUACUGACUGAGACACACACUCACACACACUCACACACACUCACACACACACACACACACACACUCACACACACACACACACACACACACACACACACACACACACACACACACACACACACACACACACACACAGAUCUCUAGAGCUUUGUUUCAUCCAGUAGUUCAUGUGUUUGUCCGCAGGAGGGCAGCAGAAACACAGCACAAACUUCUUCACUCAGUUUCAUUAUUUAAUGUUCAUUUCUUUGUUUUAUCCAUGCGAUAUUAAAACUGUUUUUUUGUAGAAAGGUA